AUGCCCCUGUUCAAACGGAUGGUUAGUAUGAGUAGUACAAACUUCCUCAUGCAGCCCCUUCCUGAGCAUGUCACCGAAGUUACAUAUAAAACUCUUGUGAGUCGACUAGGUCUCGCCUCGCUGUCGGCCUCCGAGCGAGUAAAUGCAUUGGUACAGAUGGAUAGCCAGAAGUUGCUCCAGGCUAUUUCUCCCAAUGACACCCUACUUCCAGCGACCGGAGGCGAACUGGGUCUCAAGCCGCAUAUAAAUGCAAAGAUUCAACAAGGCGGCUCGGGUCCACUCGAUCUUCCAGGUCAAAAAUGGUGUGAAGGAAUCAUGGUUAGAGACUGUCAGAUGGGUGCGAGCACCCUUUCCGCAAUGCUCAAUCGCGACAAAGAUGGAAUUGUACCGGCUUUCCGCGAAUUAUUAACCAAGUCGCUGGGGUCAGCAGAAAGCGCAGGCCAGGUCAUGGCCGCGUACGCCAUCAGCGAGAAUCUAAACAGUGACGACAGGUUGAAGGCAAUCCUCCAGUUUGCAAAUGGUAUCUGCUUCUUCCUACCAGUGCUCAACUACGGUCACUGUUGGUCUGGUCACGCCUUCAUAUACCAUUUCAAUGAACCCAAUCCCUGGGAUGGUCCCUGGAAGUGCUAUGCAAGUCAUAUUCUUGAUAUUGCGUAUCUAUUCCUGAACUAUAACGAGUCAUGGUCUGUAUCCCAGUGUACAGUUGCAGUUCAGUUCGCCAAAGAUUUGAUUGCGUUCUCUAACGGGCGUGCAGCUUGGCCUGCUUUCAAAUGGGAAACUAAGGGCUUUUAUUCGCGAGUUUAUGGGGGCAGGGGUCUAGAUGCCUCAGGGAAGUCUACCAUUGUCCUGGCACCGGAUCCUCGUACGGAAAGAAGUGAAGUAAUCUUGAGUCUGACGCGCAGUAUCCCUGCAGACGACCUGUCGCGGGUGUGGCAAAUAUUCAUUUCCGGUACAGCCUAG